AUGCCCUCCCGGACAUCUACCUACUCUGUCCGAAUGGCACCGCCUGUGCGACCUUCCCGGUCACUCGAGGGCAUGGAGCAGGUCAUCCCUCCGACAUUUAAACAUCCCUUCUCACCCUCGCACUCCGAACUCUUCCUCAACAAACCACUCCCCGCCAUGCCACUGCUGCCCGAUCCGACAGAAGAAGAGCCCGCCGAGGGCGCCUUCUGGAGUGACUCGAGCGACGACGGCGAGACCGAAUCCACCGUCGACAGUAGCGGCGGACCCAGCGAGCCUCGCCAUUCCACGGAGUUGUAUCCCAUCCUUAUCAGUUCUGGAUCCAACGACUUUGUCGACUUGGUCGAUCACCCGGUCCCAUCAUCUACUUCCGCCGAUCAUCAUACGGCUCCACGCUUCCUCACCCCAGAAUCUCGGGUAGACUCCACCGACUCGGACAAUUCAUUCAUCCUGCAAGCACGCUCCAUCUCUGAAGUCCAGUACGGUCGCCCGGCGCACUGGCCGCAGCGCAAUAAUAAUGGCACGAACCACUAUUUUCGCGAGAAGAAAUGGGAUUUCUUCCCGGAGUUGGCCGACCCCUCGUCAGCCACCCAGCAGAACGGGCGUGGCACGCCGAGCCUGCGGAAUGGCAAAUCGGGCAAAAAAGACGGUCGGCUGAUUUCCCUCGACUUGAGCAAGGGAGGCCGCCAUCGCUGGAAAUCGCUCGAUUCCCGUGCCCUUGGUGGUGUGCGCGACUCCAUCAAGACUUAUGUCAGUCGUACCCUGUCCAAGGGCUCUGCGGAGGACACCGCGAGGCGGCAGCCACCACUCCCAUCGCCAUUACCAUCACCGACGCGGCCGACUACUGCGCCCUUGGGGGGCUCACGAUUCCCCAAGUAUUCGUCGCCCCGCCCGUCGGAUGACGGGGGCGAACUGCUCAGCAAUAAAGUCUUUGCGCCCCAGGAUUCUGGCGUUGAACUACGGACCAUGUCGGUGUCGACCAAAUCCAGUAUGGACAGCAACCUAGUAGUGAGCCCGAAGACCAAUUCACCGCCACGACAGAAACAGCUGGCUGUUCCGCUAUCGCCAUACCAGAAAUACGGGGCCACCGUCUGGGAGAAGGAGACGCCCAAGUCAGCCAAGAAACGCUCCGUUCGCUUUCCGCAAUACACGACGAACCACCGCACCUCCAUGUCUACCACUCGAGCUUCUGUGUCGAGCCGCAAGUUGUCCGGGUCAUCUGCUACCCACCAUCCCACGGCCUCGUUGUCAACCCCGCAGCGAAUGCAACACCAGGGGAACUCGCGGGGCGCCACCCGAACUCUCCAGGAUGGGAAGAGCCAUCUGCUCGUCGCGACUAAGCGAAUCAUCCAAUCUAAGGAGGAUCGCCGGCGCGAACAACUCAAGGCUCAGAUUAAACACUUUGGGCCCCUCGGUGCUCACGGCUUUACGGUGAACCAGUGGACCUAG